GGGAAUUGUGAGUCGCGAGUCGAGUGUUAUGGUCCGCCGUCAGUCGUCUUCGCGCGUCUGCCAUGUUACGAACAAGCGUCGCGGGUCAGCGUCGGCCGACGGUGGUCGUCGGCGUCGCGAUUUUCGUCGCGACGGCCUUGACCGUCGGCGUCCAUGCGGUUCUUCUUCAACUUCCAGAUACCACCGGUAUCGACGGUCAUCUUACCGCCAACCACUCGGUUGACCACUUCUUCUCUCUUUGGUUGGUCUUUCAUAACGAUGAUGUUCAAAUUUCAGACAAACCUUUCACGAUAUUUGCUCCGAAAAACUCGCCGUUUAAUAGAGCCGAGAGUCUACUACAACAGCCGGAGCUGGUUAAAAAACUCCUCUUGGAUCAUGUGAUACUUGGUACGAAACUGGACCUGACAAAUAUGGUCUCAGAUGCCACCUUGGCAUCUUUAGGGAGUCGUAAUAUUACUCUGAACUUGGGGAAAGGCGGAAACGUCACUGCGAAUAAUGUUACUGUGUUGGAGAAGAAUAUUGAAGUACCUAAUGGGAUUCUCGUUAUCGUCGACAGCUAUCUAUUUCCAGACGAGGAUCCCUUAACGAGAAACGUAACAGACCCUAAGCGGGAACAGGAGAAGCCGUUAACGUCCAGCAGGACCCACGCGCCACCAGAACAAAGUGGGAAACAACAGGAGCAGGCAAAUGUCGGACCGGGUUUGACCGUCCCGACUAAAAAGAAUCAAUCGAACACGUCGUUCGUGGAGAACGUGAUGGAAGUGCUGUCAUACCUAAAAAGUCGAGUGAGGGUUUUCCAACAUUUCGUAUCCAGGUCGAAUGUUUCCGGGCUACUUAAAGAAGGAGAGGAGUACACUGUAUUCGUCCCAACGGACCACGCUUUCCAACGAUGGCAUCCCAUAGACUGGGGGUUUUAUCCCUUUAGCGUGCCAGAGUUCACCGAAAGUGUCAUAGUUAAUCAUUUCGUAAAAGGGCGACUUAAGCAGGAGAACAUUAAGGAUGGUCAAGUGGUUCAGACGCUCGGGGGAAAGGAUAUCAACUUUAAGAGGACUCCAAGCCUGACAGUAAAUGGCGCGGCGGUAGUAAAAGGUGACACCCCGGUGGAAAAAGGCAACAUAAUGUUCAUCGGCGAAGUGCUCUUCGUCAGCGAAUCGGUCGUCUCGAAAUUGCAUCAGCAGCACCGGGAUAAAGAAACGCCACCUCUGCUUGCAUUCCCUUGGUUCGGGGCCCAGUUCUUGUCUCAUGCCUUUUUGGCCCUCGAAAGGGAUAAACGGUUCACCCACAUCACGCGAUUCCUAAAUCUGGCCGAUUUAGCACCUCACGUUUCCGGUGCCGGCUACACCUUCUUCGUGCCCACCGACUCCGCGUUCGCAGCCCUCGGCCUAGACAAAAUGCCCGAUAAUUACCUCUCCAACGGGGAGGGUCUGCAGAUUUUGCUCAAUCACUUCGUGAAAGGACGUCUCUACGACAAGGAGUUAAAGAAUGGAACGGUGCUAACGACGCUCGGCAAUCAGACGCUCCUCGUGAAUAGGACGGAGAGUAACUGCUACAUUAACCAAGCCCUGAUAUUAGAAAGCGAGGUAUUCGUCUACAAUUUAGGAACCAUGUUCUACAUAGACAAAGUCCUACACAAUACCCUAAGGGUCCCACCUGUCCCGAUAGCGGGGAAUCCCAAUACAACUCCGACUUCUACGGCUACGACUGCCUUGAAAAAUUCAACUACCACAGCUCUAACUACUACUGAGCUGCCAGUGGAACAAGUUUCCAUAAGGGAUAUCGAGAGAGUAACUGAGAAAAUGUCUACAGGCGGAGAUCCUGAGGUACUCUUUGGGGAUGCUACCCAUAAAGCAAGUGGGGAUGAUGAUAUAGAAUAUACGACGACGACGCCGUCGGUUAGUUCGGUGGCGGCAACCACACAGAAACAGAAUAUAUCUUCACCAAAAUAAUUUAAAAAAUUAAUUGUUAAUGGUUUUAAGUCAUAUCGUAAUGUGUUUUGGUUGUAAUCGAGCUGCCUGUAUGAAUUUUAAGAGAAAACCAUCCAGUUUGUUUGAAAAGUCUCAUUUUUAUUACCAUAUCAUAUAUAGUUACUUGAUGUGUAUCGUUUUGCUGUAAAGGCCAUCAUUUUACGCCCUAUUUGUUAAAAUAAGAAAAAGUAGACAUAGUUUUGUCUGAAAAUGUAAAUAUUCUUUUGCUUUGUCAAAUUUUCUAUUAUCCAACCAAUUUUUACUAAAAACAAAAUAAAUUCUAUGAAAAUUUGACUGAGCAUGACGCUAAUUUUUUAAACGACUGAUCGAUGUUAGUUUUUGCAAUUGCUUUGCAAAAUAAUUGUUUAUAUUAAUAUUAAAAAAAAAGUGACAAGAUACUAGUUAAAUAUAUGUUGUAUUUUUAUUCAAAUUUAAAUAAAGUGUUCCAUAUGUAUGCUCAUAAUAAUAUAUGAUAUAUAGUUAUAUUUUGGUAAAGGUAGGACAUUCCAAUAGUUGCAGACUAGAGAAGAUCUCAAUAGAUUCUUAUUAAUGGCUCCAUAUAAACUACCUAAAUUGAAUUUUAAUAUUCCACUAAACUUGAUAUUCACGUAAAUAAUGCAUCUGUAGGAUUUAUAUGUUCUCUUUGAUUAUAUAAAAACUAUUUUAGUAUCAAUUCUUAUUAGUGCUAAUAUUUUGUUUAUUUCUAAAUAAAUAAUAUUUAAACUUUAA